AUGUGGCUGCACGUCUCCACGUUCGCUGUAGCAUGCGUUUUCAUCGAGGCCACUGACGGAAGUGGUACUGAAAAUGAUUUGGAGAUGAUCUUUAAAGCUAGGACAAAUUCGGAUUGGAAGAACGCUUGGCAUCAAGAGAAGUUCUCCCGGUGCCGAGACACUCUCGUCAAGCACUUGUACUGGGCCUGCGAAAAAGACAUUUACAGAUUAACCAGAAGAAACGAUCCCAGUUUCAAGUCGCUGGAUUUCGAUUACGAAAACGACAACGACAACGAAGUGGAUUUUCCAUGGCAAACGCGAAGAGAGGCCAAGCGGCUGGUGCGUUUCAGGCGCGAUUUGGAGCGCAGAUCGGGAUCUUCGAUAACCCACGAGUGCUGCAAAUCGUCGGGAUGCACUUGGGAGGAAUACGCGGAAUAUUGCCCUACUAACAAACGUUACACUUCUUACGUAUAG